AUGCAUUUUGCUUAUAUUUUAAUACUGCUGAUUCUGACUCCAAGAGUUGACUCAUCUUGGUGGUAUAUUGGUGCACUGGGAGCAAGGGUUAUCUGUGAUAACAUCCCUGGAUUGGUGAAUAAGCAAAGACAACUAUGUCAGAAGCACCCAGACAUAAUGCAAGCUAUUGGUGAAGGUGCCAAGGAGUGGAUCCGAGAAUGCCAGCAUCAAUUUCGGCACCACCGCUGGAACUGCAGCACACUGGACAGAGACCACACAGUAUUUGGGAGAGUUAUGCUGCGAAGCAGCAGAGAAACAGCCUUUGUCUACGCUAUUUCCUAUGCUGGAGUAGUCUAUGCAAUUACCCGAGCCUGCAGCCAAGGAGAGCUCAAAUCAUGUAAUUGUGACCCAAAAAAAAGAGGCCGCUCAAAGGAUGAAAGAGGAGAGUUUGAUUGGGGAGGCUGCAGUGAUCACAUUGACUUUGGAAUAAAAUUUGCCAAAGAUUUUGUGGAUGCCAAGGAGAAAAGAUUGAAAGAUGCACGGGCUUUGAUGAACUUGCACAAUAACCGCUGUGGGAGAAUGGCAGUAAAACGAUUUAUGAAUCUUGAAUGUAAGUGCCACGGGGUCAGCGGGUCUUGUACUUUAAGGACUUGUUGGCGUGCCAUGUCAGACUUCCGAAAAACAGGAGAUUUUCUCAGGCGAAAAUACAAUGGGGCAAUACAAGUCACAAUGAAUCAAGAUGGAAGUGGGUUUGCUGUGGCAAAUCAGAACUUUAGAAAAGCUACCAAAAAGGAUCUGGUCUACUUUGAAAACUCCCCUGAUUAUUGCGUUAUGGACAAAACAGCAGGAUCCCUGGGCACUGCCGGCAGGGUAUGCGACAAAGUUUCUAGAGGAACAGAUGGCUGCGAGGUCAUGUGCUGUGGACGGGGCUAUGACACAACCCGUGUCACACGUAUUACUAAAUGCGAGUGCAAAUUUCACUGGUGCUGUGCAGUGCGUUGCAAAGAAUGUGAGGAGACUGUGGAUGUGCAUACAUGCAAGGCACCAAAGAGAGCGGAAUGGCUAGACCAAACAUGA